GUCAACAGCAGUCAACACAGACGCCAUCGUUCCUGUUGUGCAAAAAACAAGAAGGACUCAAAUCAAAGGUGCUGUAGCUAAUGUCCAUGGAUCCAUAUCACUACCAGGGAGUAACUCAAACUGUACCACCUGAUGUCAGAAACUCUCAACUCUGCCUUUCAGGGUUCAAGGCAAUCCAUGAUGGACUCCAGGUCUCGCAGACUUCCUUUUUGUCUGUCCAGCGCGAGGUCAUCCUACACAUCCAGUCCCACAGUCUCCUCCUCAUCACUGGGCUCCAGUAGGUUGUACAGUCGGGACACCACGCUUAAUAAUGACCGAUUCCCAAGAGCAUCAUCGGCUUACAAAGCAGACCUGGACCAACAGAAUUCUCGUCUCCUGAGCUCAUCCAGAGACUACAGCAGCUCUGACAGUCACUCCACCAGCUGGAAGUUGCCCACUUCUCUGACGUCCUCCAGCAGAUCUUAUGAUCGCCCGUGGGCUGAAUCCUCUCUGAGCAGCAGGAGCAAACUGACUGAUUCUGAGGGGAGGCUGGGGAUGCGCUCAGGUCUGUUGAACGCCAGUGAUGAUGGCGAUUCUAAAAGGGCCAAACUGUCAUACAGCAACAGAGGACUGUACUCGAGAACGCCUAGCAGCUCUGUUGCAGGAUCCACCUAUUCCACUAAUGGGCUUAGCAGUGGCAGAGGUAUAAGUGAAAAACAAAAUGACACGUUUGAUCCAUCGUGGAGCUCAUGUCGUUUACUCUCCCGGUCGUCAUCUUCCUCCUCAAACCCGCUGUUGUCCAGGAGAGAGCAGGAGACGAAGAACGAGCCCAGUCUCUCAAGUUUGGGAGAAAGAAGAAUGAGGAAUCCUGGAGUGGCCUCCUCACUGUAUCAGACAGACAGAGUGACUUCCACAUAUGCACAGGGAGCUCGGCCCAAAGAGACUGCCUACUCUUCCUCUUUGUCCUCCUCCGCUGCCAGAGAAAGCUCCCUAAAUCGCCACCUCUCAUCUUCCAGCUCCCACCGGUCCUCUCCUCUUGUGCGCGACUCGAGCAGCAGAACCACAGCCCGUUUCCUGAACGGCUCAUCCACCCUCCACUCAUCUCAGGAACAAACAGGAAAGCAUGAAUCCUCCUCAGAUGUCUCCUCCUCUUACUCCUCCCACACCCCCUGGUACACAACCCCCCUGGCCAGACCAGAGGCCACGCUCCCUCCAAGGCCGGCCCCUGAAGGUGGAGAGCCAGAGGGCCGUCGCUCCACACGACGCCUUUUGUCCCGUCUGUUUUCACGGCGCUCCAGCCAAGACUCAUCCAGUGGAUCUUCCAGUGUUCGCUCGCUCGACGAUGACAGUCCGUCAACUGGUGGAGAGUCUGUGGACAGUGACGAGGGAGCCAGGAUGUCCAGUCUAGACGCUGAGGCCGGGGGGUCCGAGACGAACUUGGGUAGCCUCAGGAAUCGAAGACCAGAACUCUCCCCUAUCCAGGAAGACAACAGCGAUGGCUAUCGUAGUGGCCUGGCUCGGUCCAGAAUGGCAUCGUGGAGAGAGCCUAGCGUCAGCAGCAGUAGUAACACCAGCAGGGGAGGAGGCAGCGGCUCCUCCUGGCUUUCCUCCUCUCUUCGCGGGCGCUGCCCUCCCCUACUUUCUCGCCUCAGAAGACACACGAGGAACGAGAGCGCACACUCAGCUGCAGGCUCAGAAGAGGGCUACAGCCAUCCACAGCAUUUCCUGAGAAGGUGGGACAACCUUGAGCAUAAAGCAUCACAGGAAGAUGAUGAUGACGAGGAGGAGGAGGAUGAUGAUGAGAAUGAAGAAGAGGAAGGAGCAGUUGGUUUAGAGGCCUUUGGGGCAGGUCGUCCCUGCAGACUCGAGGAUGAAACAUUACCUGAACUUGAAGAUGCCUCAGUUGGGUUUUCGCCGCGCCGCAGAGUCGCUGUAUAUGAAAACAUUUCAGUUUCUAUGGGUCCAUUAAGUGGUGUUGAGAGUCAGCUGGACAGCCAGAAGGAGAAGCCCAUUUCCAGUAGGGAUCAAGAGAAGCUGCGCAAGAUCAAGGAGAGACUGCUUCUGGAGGAUUCUGAUGAGGAAGAAGGCGACCUUUGCCGUAUCUGCCAGAUGGGGGAGGAAUCCGCUUCCAACCCUUUGAUUCAGCCGUGCCGCUGCACCGGCAGUCUGCAAUAUGUUCACCAGGAAUGCAUCAAGAGGUGGCUUCGCUCCAAAAUUGGCUCAGGUACAAACCUUGAGGCCAUCACAACAUGUGAACUCUGCAAGGAGAAGCUGCGCUUAAACAUUGACAACUUUGACAUUCAGGAGUUAUACAGGACACAUGUACAAUCAGAAUAUGAUGAGUUCAUCAGCAGCGGCCUCUAUCUGGUGGUGCUGCUGCAUUUCUGUGAACAGAGGUUCUCUGAUGUCCUGGGAGCUGUCGAUGCAGCUGGGUUAUUCAACCUGGUGAGAAUCCUUCAUGAACACAUGGACAAUCUUGAAAUUCCCCAUGGGGAGAGUGACGAAGAGGUGCGAGACAACAGACCGUCUAUUGAGUUUUCUGACUUGGAUGACGAUCUUGAAGAGGAGUACUAAUGAAUGUGGUGAAAUGAGGGUUAAAAAAAAGUGGGUCAGAUUAUCUGAGGUUCCACACCAUAUGGUAGCUCACCCAGUUUUCACACAUGCUUUGACAUCGUCGUGUUCAUCUGAAAUGCAAGUGAGAGAUGCCAAGUGCACAGAAAAUGUCUCGCCUUUGUUGCAGGUGGCUUUUGCAAAUAUGCAAACUUGAAAUGAACUAGUGCAUAAAAUAUUCUGUCUGACACCACUGUAUUUCUGUUUCUGAGUGCACUUUAUUCAAUUAUAAUUAAAUAAAAAUGCAAGUCUUUUUAACUGUUAUACCACAAGUGCUUUAAUGUUGAAAUAAGGCAGAAAUAGAAGGACAACAGUGACGAGCGUUGAUUUGUACUUAAGUUGUGAUGGUAAGACGAACGCUUUUGGGAGAGAACAGAAAAAAAAUGAUGAUUAUUUACUUUUAUUGUCUUCUGAUUUUUCCCACUGAGAAUAUGUUUUAAAAAAAAAAGGUAACUUACCCAUCAACAAAUUUUCUUCAUCUUUGUUUCUGUGUUUGAAAUGCUUUAUGUAUGUACAACUCUAGUUUCAUGCUUUUAAUUUUGGGAAUAAAGAUUGAAUGCAGACUGA